AUGGUUCAGAGACAACCCUUUGGCGAUUUUUUGAAUUCGGGUUCGCCAUCGACUCCUCGCGGGCGAGGCAGAGGUGGGAGUCGAGGGGGUGGAGGCAGAGGUGGUGGAAGAGGUGGAUACACACCAGGGAGCGGCAAGAAGAGCUUCAAUGCUGAUUAUUCAAAUAUGGGAUUUGACUACGAGAAAGUCAACGGUCAGAGAUACACCAAGAUGGACGGCUUCAACGUACAGCCAUUUGGUCCUCCUCCUGCUGAUUCUGGCGGAUUCACCCCGCGUGGUAGAGGUGGUUAUACUCCUGGUGGUAGAGGUAGAGGCUUUCAACAAAACAGAGGACCUCAUCAGAAUCCUUCAACCCCAUCCGGCGCCGCUACCCCUGUUCGUGGCUUAGGGUUUCGCGAUCAAGUACCAACCACAAGAGCCAAAGGUGAUCAUCGAGGCCUAGGUGUUGGGCAUUCCACGGUAGGGAAGGGGAUUGGAACGGGAACUGUUACGUGGGGAGGAGGCAAAGCUCCGUUGUUCGUGAAAGCUGGAGAGCUGUUCAAGGAAGGUGAAGUUGAUAUAAUAACGAUGGGAGAAGACCAUAAACUCCACGUUCAAGUUCUGCCCUUAUCUGACCCUUCAGCUCCGCAAAUGACCCACCUUCAAGACGACACGGAAAUCGAUAUAAUGGAGCAACCAUCACCCGUCACUUCCCCUGCAUCCUCCUCAUCGUCGUCAGAUAUUGAAGAGCCUUCCUUUACAGUCGAAGGGGAGCAAGACUCAAUUCCAUCCAGCUUACAAGAAGACGCUCUCGAGGAACUCCUGGGCUUCGGAGCCGAAUCGAACGCAACCGAUGCAAAUGUUGCGGAAAUGAAUAUGUCAACAUCCGAUUCUGCGCCAGUAGAUCAUGUGGAGAUGACCCAACAACCCAUCACCAACUCAGGACCAGAUGAAAUGGCUGACGUCAACGAUAUACCCAUGUCGGCGGGGCAAGAUGUUCUGAAGGAAGAAGAUCAAAUCCACGUGAAUGUCGACGAAACGCCGCUACAGCAGGAUGAAGUAUUGUUCUACGUUGAUAUUGAUCCUGAUGUUACCGAGGACAUCCCUGUCCCCACAUACGACACUAUACGAAGUACACCUUUAGGCGAAAUUUCUUCAAAUAACGCUAGCAUGAUUCCCGUUGAGGAGGAAAUCUUGUUUGUGCCCAAAACGUAUCGCAAACCUGAACCAGUCUUCAUCGAUAUAGGUCCUGCCUCACAGUCUACGCGACAAGCAAUAGUAUCCGAACCACCUAGCCGUGUCUUCGUGAACCCUCGCGCGCUAUCUCGAGCGGAGAAGAAAGCGGCCAAACGAGACAAGAGACGUGGGAGAGGAAAGAAGACACGUCAGAAGAAAGCAGACCGGGUUCCGAGAGACGAUUCUGACAUCGAAUGGGGUAGCGAUGGUCCGCCAGUUGCGAUUCUUGACGUGGAUGGAAUUGAUAGCGAUGAAGGCGAGGACAUGAAAAUAUUGCGGGACUACCUCAAAGGAACCAUGCUCAAUGCCGAAAGUGCGGGUGAAGAAGAAAAUGUUGAAGCAAAGGAGGCAAGUGAAACUGAGAGCACCGCCGAUGAUGACGUAGCCGAAGAAAUGGAUGUAGAAGCGAUGAGGCUUUUUGGACAAGGCAUCAAAGGCUUAACCGAAAAUGGUCAGGAGAUCUUAGAUGAGAACGAAUGGCAAUCCGAAGAAUCGCAAGAAGAUGAAGUCAGUCAAGAAGAAGCAAAUGAAGAAGACGACGACGAUGACGAGGAUGAUAGUUCUUCUGUGCUUGGGGAAAUCGACAUAGAAGGCAUGUUGGACGAUAUAAGCGAUGAAGAGCAGGUAGAUGCCUUCUUCAAAGGGUCAAGCCAAUGGACUAACGAAACGGACUGGUUCGUUACCGCAAUGGAGGAUGCUCUUGACGGAACCGAAGUCAAUAUGCGGGAUAGAAAAAGCCGAAACAGCUUGUUUAAAUCGAUCGAGAAUGGGGACUUUGGUGACGAUUGGGGUCUUGCACCUGUGAAGAAAGGGAAAAAAAACAAGUUUGUUCCUCCGGCACUCCAGGCUCAAUGGGAGAAAGACCGUCUUGUCAAAGCAGAGAAAAAACAGCAAAGAGAGCUUGAAAGGCUCAUUGCCGAAAUCGAGCCAACCCUUUCUGGUUACUCGCGAAAGGGCAAGGCGAAAGCUAAAGGAAAGGGCAAAGCUCAUCAAGCUGCAGUCGCUCAUCUUAUCCCGGCGUCCGCUUCCCAGGUUGCCGAUAUGUUCGAUAUCACGUCGGAUGAAGAAGAUGAAGACGAACUCCGCCUUCCCUUGUUCAAAAAAGGCGGUCGAAUUCCCACGAGCUUGCCAUUGGAGAUCAUCGAUCAAAAGAUCAACUUUUUCCUCGAGGACGGAGGCAAAACAACUCUUUCCCUUCCUCCAAUGGGUAAAGAGGAUAGAAAAAAAGUUCACAUGUUGGCGGAUUGUUACAGCUUAGGUUCGAAGUCUCGUGGAAGUGGGAAGACCAGAUUCACCGUGUUGACCAAGAACAAGCGGUCCGGAACUCUUGUAGAUGUGAGAAAGCUUGAAAGACUACUUUCAGCUUCGCAGAAAGUCGGAGGCGGUUUCUACAACGCUCUUCGCACUCGUGGAAGUAAACCCAAAGCCAAAGGACCUUCCGGCGGACCCUCCGUCAAGCACAAAGAUGGAGAUAUGGUGGGUCAUGGGGCAGACAGAAUUGGACAAGACAAUAUAGGACACCAGUUGUUAAGCAGAAUGGGCUGGGCGGAAGGUGAUAGAAUCGGUAGAGGAGCAGGUCUGGAAGCACCGAUUGUGGCGAUAGUGAAGAACACCAAGACUGGUCUUGGAGCAUGA